AUGAACAUCCCAGUGCAUCCGAUAUACAAUCUCUCCCCCUACACCCUCAACAUGUCCAUUCACACCAAAAUUGUCAAAGCCGCCUUUGCACAUCCCAUCUCAACACUUCUACAUCUAAUCAACGGCAUUGCUCUCAUAUGGCCCGUCGCUGGCCUUUGUAUGAUUGGUCUGGGAAGGAAGGUGUGA